CGAGCCCAUCUUUAAUCUUGCGUUUGAGCAGGGUUUUUAGGUUUGUGUCGACUCCAGUCUCUUCUACCUUUUCGCAGGAUUCUCUACAGAACUCGUCCAUGGAGUAAAUUGCCUUCUUGCCUGUAUUCUUUUUCUGUCUACGCUUUAACUCUAUCAAUCGCUUUUUCCAUCAAUAAGCAAGUUUGUGGAAGCUGCAUCUCAGUGCCCCUACACAAAUUCUCAAUCUUCUUCAAAUGGCUUUGGUUGUAAUCUGUGGCCAGCCAUGCAGUGGGAAGUCCACUGCAGCAAUUUGCUUAUCUGAAGCUCUCAAAGAAUCAGAAUCUAAAUUAACCGUUAGGGUCAUUGAUGAAGCUUCCUUCCAUCUUGAUCGUAAUCAGAGUUACGCUAACAUGACUGCUGAGAAAAAUUUAAGAGGAGUACUUAGGUCUGAAGUUGAUAGAUCUGUAUCAAAAGACAAUAUAAUCAUAAUAGAUUCUUUAAACAGCAUCAAAGGCUACAGGUAUGAGUUGUGGUGUUUGGCUCGUGCCGCUGGGAUAAGGUACUGUGUGUUAUUCUGUGAUGCGGAAGACACUCAAUGUCAAAAAUGGAAUGAACAGCGCAGAGAGAAAGGAGAAGCUGCAUAUGAUGAUGCCAUAUUUGUGGACCUGGCAAGGAGGUUUGAGAGGCCAGACAGAAGAAAUCGAUGGGAUUCUCCCUUGUUUGAGUUAUGGCCAUACAAAGAUGGAAUUCAGAAAUCUUCUACAGCCAUUUUAGAUGCUGUUUCAUACUUAACAAAACAAGUAGACUCCAAAUCUCGGGAUGUUAAAAUUUUACAACCAACAAUUGCUACACAAAAUACACGGUUUUCUGAGGCUAAUUCUCUUUAUGAGUUGGACAGGGCAACACAAGAAGUGAUUAGUGUCAUUGUGGAAGCACAGUCCCAGGCAAUUGGGGCCACACCAAAUGGUGUUUCUCUUGGUCAGGGUUUACCAACUCUCAACAUUUCAAGGUCUGUAGGGUUGCCAGAGCUACGGAGAUUGCGGCGGACUUUCAUUAAGUUGACAAGUCAAACAAGUUUAAGUGGACCGCCCCCGCCUUCAGAUGCAGAAAGUGCUAAGAGGAUGUUUGUGGAUUACUUGAAUAGGGAAGUUGGAACUGCUUAAAGGAAGAUAAUGGGGAUGAUAUCAAACUCUGUCUGUUUCUGAAGCGUCCUUGGAGGAAGUCAUUCUAAAAGGUUUGAUUAUGAAGUUAUUUAAAUUUGGAAGUAACAGAUUUGCACAAACAGACUUGCAUUGUUGUGGGAUUAGAUUAGUCAUCUCCUUUGGCCUAGCCUAUAUUGUAUUUUAUUUGUAUUAGUGAAAGCUGAGUUAUGUCCCUGAGGGGACAUCCACGCAGCAAAAGCUUGAAAUAUCUAUUAAGAGGUCUCAAGUUUGAAUUUUGUUGGAUUCAGUGAUUUAUUCCAAGUAAGAGCUAUCCCAAGUUUCGUAGCUGAGUUCUCGUUUGUGCAACACCAAUGUACUGUCUGGCUCUAUAACUUUCUGCCCUUUUCUCUCUAAAGAUUGAGCUGUAAUGGUUGAUAGGUACCAUAAGUUUCUCUUUGAUGGGUCCAUUUAAUAAAUGUUAUUAGUUGCAGAUUGAUUCCUGUCUAAGGCAAGUGGUUUUUACAUUUUUGCUGGAAUUGGUAGUCUAAAGGAGUUGGUUCUAAUAAGAUUGUAUAUAAGAAUGACCAUGUCAUCCAUUAAA